CCGCUGCUCCAGGCCCCGCUGCUCCGGGCCCCACUGCUCUGGGGUCCCACUGCUCUGAGACCCACUGAUCUGAGGCCCACUGCUCUGGGGCCCAGUGCUCAGGGCCCCACUGCUCUGAGGCCCGCUGCUCGGGAGCCUGUGGGUGGGUCUCGAGGCAGCUGCCAGGCCCCUGAGCUGCCCUUUGUGGUGGGGAGCACCUCAUCUCUGUGGGCUACAGGCCCUGGCACCACCUGGAGACGGAAAGCCCCGCGGACCACUGCGCCCAGGCUUCUCCUGCUGAUGCCAGUGGCCUGCCUGUCUUUCCCAUGGCAUGUAGGAGGCCGGGCCAUGGCAAAGAAAUCACCCCUCAUUCAAAGAGAGUCUCCUCAAAGGGAGGUCCUUGCAGCCUUGCUGGUGCUGCUCUCCGUGACUGUCCUCCUCUAUCUCUACCUCCACAAUUUUUACGGUGCUUCUGGACGCGCCAAUACAGACCCCAGCCUCUGCCCUUUUGGGUACUUCAGGUUAGGCCCAGUGAAGAAUUGCUCCCCAUGGCUGUCCUGUGAAGCCAUAAAGAAAGAAGUAAGGAAACUCAAAUGCAUUGGUGAGGGAGCUGUGAAAAAGGUCUUUCUUUCGGAGUGGAAGGAAAACAAAGUGGUCCUUUCACAACUCACCAACCCAGAGCUGCAGGAGGACUUUCUCUAUGGACUGAAGAUGCUGAAAGCACUGCAGAGUAAAUAUGUUGUCCGGCUUCUUGGCUACUGUGAGCAGCAGUUCACAAUCCUCACAGAGUACCAUCCUCUAGGCUCCCUGAAGGGCCUGAACGAAACUCUGCACAUGCCCAAGUACAAAGGCUUGAACACCUGGCAUCGGAGGUUCAUGCUUGCUAUAGACUAUGUGAGCAUCAUUCAUUUUCUGCACAGCAGUCCCUUGGGCACCUUUGUAAUGUGCGACUCCAAUGACCUGGACAAGGUGCUCUCGCAGUAUCUCCUCACAAGUGACUUUCACAUCCUGGUGAAUGAUUUGGACGCUCUGCCGCUUGUGAACAGGAGUGCCGGCAUCCUGGUGAAGUGUGGCCAUCGGAAGAUCCAGGGGGAGUUUGUAGCACCUGAACAGCGUUGGCCCCAUGGAGAAGAGGUGCCAUUUGAUGAUGACCUCAUGCCCCCCUAUGAUGAGAAAACAGACAUAUGGAAAAUCCCUAAGGUCACCAAUUUUUUCUUGGGCCAUGUAGAAGGGAGUGACAUUGUGCGACUGCAUUUGUUUGACAUCCAUGCAGCAUGUAAGAAGAAGGAGCCAGCUGAAAGGCCUUCUGCCCAAGAGGUCUUAGAUACCUACAGGAAAGUUUUGACUCUGCUUAUUCAGGAGGCUGCCAUGCCUGGCACUAAGGAAAUGUUGUAGUAAAUCAUGGGACAUACACUGGACUGAAGUUGGUGUCCUUUCUAUUUAUUUAGCUUGCCUGAAGACUAUACUAGAGCAAAAUCUCUAUUCCCACAAACUGGAAGGAUAAGAACCAGCAAACUUGUAGUUUUAUCUUUUGAUCAAAAAAAAUUCCACCCAACUUCGGGAGUUGUGUGAGUUUUCCAUUGGCACGUUUUAUCUACCAUUGGAAGAGGAGGAGGAGGAAGAGAAAUGAAGUGUGGGUGUGCUGGGAAGAAUGUUUUCCUCAAAACCCAGAAAUUUUCUUUUAAAAGUUAUGUAAACAUUUUUUUUCUUAGAAAAAGUCCAUUUUUAUUGGGAACUUGAAAGCAAAAAGCAACAUUGGCCCACUUGAAGUGACUGGCAGAGGACUGGAGAGCAGAUUGACCCAAGCCAUACGGAGUGCCCCUGAUUUCAGCAGCUGCCCUCUCAAAAAGAAGGUCUGUGUCAUAUCACCUAACCACACAGUCCUCACUCACCUCCCCAGGCAGACAAAGCAGAAGUCAGUCAGAAAGGAGUAUUUCAGGUCGCCUCAGAUUUUGGUGAGCAGUGACUCCCCGGGACUAGGUCUUUGAAAGACCUAAGGGCCUGCCUGAGAAAACUUUCAUGCUGAUCUUGACUAGAGUGGUAAUUUGUAAGCAGAGAAGAAGUACACUGUUCUUUCUGCUGAGGAUUUUGUGCUGGUGUUGCCCUUCAUCCAGAAAAGUCACAUUAAGACUGAGAAUGUGCUGCCAAUUUUUAUAUACUACGUUCAAAUGCAUGCGUAUUCUAUUGCUACUAAAAUUUUAUUACAAAUGGGAAAGCUUUCCUGCAAAUGACUAAAUAUAUACUUGAUUCCAUAGCACACCAGCAGGAAUGCUUUAAAAGUUGCUCAUUAUAGCUUUCCUUUCCUGCAACCAUUUUAUUUUCUUAAAUUAGCUGAUUUUGCCAUUGCCGAGUUGUGUGGUCCUAACUAGCAGACCUCUUCCUAGCAGCCCUUCUGCUCAGGUUUUCAGGAAGCAAGGCCAGAAGUCAGGGUCUCAAAAGAGACUAGUGAUUUGGGAUGCUUCAUGUUUGAUUGGACUUUGACUCCAACCACCUUAAAGAAUCUUGAUGAAAUGUACUUUGUUUGCCCCAAUUAUUAAUAGGGUUAAUCAGAGUUCUGCCAUUCCAGCAUGAAUCCAAGCUGUGUAACAGCUACAAAAGUACUUGAUUAUAGCUCCUCAAAGGCAGGGAUCAAGCUUUGAAGGCUAAGAGUCAGAUUCUUUGCACGUACCCCCAGCAGCAUCUUAUGACAUCUUGUUAGCCAUUAUGUAUAUUUGAAAGAAAUAUCAGCAUCUGGUGGCUGUGAAGUACGCAAAGCAUUUGCCUUUUAUGAGAGUAGCAAGGACAAAAAGACCCUACCAAGCUUCUUAAGCUGGUUGCUUGGUUAGGACAAGCUUCUGCUUGGAUUCUUGCUCGGUUGUGUACUAUUGCCCCUUGCAAGCAUCCAUAUCAAUUUCACAAAGCAAAGAAUAAAUGGGGACAUACUAUGUUUCUGAGCAAUUGUCUUGCGUUGGAGAUGUCUCUGUUCCCAGGCGAAAUAGAUACAAAUUAAAAAGAUGAUGUUUCAUUAAACAUUCACCUUAAGCUUUG